AGUGGAUAGAAUUACAGGAGGAGGAGGAGGGACUGGAUAGAAUUAAAGGAGGAGGAGGGAGUGGAUAGAUUUACAGGAGGAGCAGGAGGGACUGGGUAGAAUUACAGGAAGAGAAGGAGGGACUGGAUAGAAUUACAGGAGGAGCAGGAGGGACUGGGUAGAAUUACAGGAGGAGAAGGAGGGACUGGAUAGAAUUACAGGAGGAGGAGCAGGAGGGACUGGGUAGAAUUACAGGAGGAGAAGGAGGGACUGGAUAGAAUUAUAGGAGGAGGGAGUGGAUAAAAUUACAGGAGGAGGAGGAGGGACUGGAUAUAAUUAAAGGAGGAGGAGGGAGUGGAUAGAAUUACAGGAGGAGGAGCAGGAGGAACUGGGUAGAAUUACAAGAGGAGAAGGACGGACUGGAUAGAAUUACAGGAGGAGGAGCAGGAGGGACUGGGUAGAAUUACAGGAGGAGAAGGAGGGACUGGAUAGAAUUACAGGAGGAGGAGCAGGAGGGACUGGGUAGAAUUAUAGGAGGAGGGAGUGGAUAAAAUUACAGGAGGAGGAGGAGGGACUGGAUAUAAUUAAAGGAGGAGGAGGGAGUGGAUAGAAUUACAGGAGUAGGAGCAGGAGGGACUGGGUAGAAUUACAAGAGGAGAAGGACGGACUGGAUAGAAUUACAAGAGGAGAAGGACGGACUGGAUAGAAUUACAGGAGGAGGAGCAGGAGGGACUGGGUAGAAUUACAGGAGGAGAAGGAGGGAGUGGAUAGAAUUACAGGAGGAGGAGGGAGUGGAUAAAAUUACAGGAGGAGGAGGAGGGACUGGAUAGAAUUAAAGGAGGAGGAGGGACUGGAUAGAAUUACAGGAGGAGGAGGGAGUGGAUAGAAUUAGAGGAGGAGGAGCAGGAGGGAAGAUGUAUGAUUCGCUGGUGAAGUUCAGUCACUGUGGGCAGGACAUUUAUUGCCAGUCUGUGCCCCAGCAGUGCCCUGUGUGUGGGGGGGCAGCCGUGAGCUCGUGGAGACUGGAGGAGGCGCCGGUCACUAUUCCCAGUCCUAUAGUGAAUGGACACACUCAGCGCUGCUCCUUUGUACUGAAGCCCACGCGGGGCCACUUCCUCGGGGAGUACGAUGGCAGCGCAGAUCUCCAUGUUGGGAUCUCCAGUUCUACAGGUAUGGUGUAUCAUUACAAUGAGAGUGGCACACACAAGGAUUCGGUGGGCUGGGAGCAGACUGUGAGUGUCCCCCUGGUGCCAGCACAUCACUAUUCCCUCCUACACCAGUGGGAUUCUUAUUUAGAGGAGUUCUCAGCAGCAGAUCACUGGCACCCACACAGGUACCUCUCUGGGAAAUAAAUAGUAUAUGUCAUUCUACUGACCCUCGUGUUCUGAAUGAUAAAGUACUGGGGCCAUUCUACACCACUGACAUAUUGUCCAAUCACAGACUCACACAGGGGAGUGUAUUUCCUGGUACUCGUGACUGUCUCUACUUCCUUUGCAUUGGGAGUGUAUUUCCUGGUACUCGUGGUGAC